GGCAGCCGAGCAGAGAGCUCUGCUGAGAACGACUCUCAACGCAAUUGCAAACCACUUGUUCUCAGCCUCUUUAAAACAAGCGACUUUAACAGUGCAUUACAGGAAGCCUAGACGUGUGCAACUAACGCCGUGAGCGCAUUAUUUGUUUGAAACAACAGUGCAAAUAUGCAGACACAGAGAAGAAUCUGAGAAAAGUUUUUUAAAGCAAGCUGUUGGGUUUUUUUUUUUUUUGAAGCGAUUAAUUAUAGUUAUUUGCGUUACUAAUACCUGAUCUAUUACUAAAGAAGCCGGUUUCUGAAAAUUAAACAGAGCCUCAAUUUACUCCGAUUGUGUACGGGUUUUAAACAGAUUUGUGGCUCAGUAGUGUGCCGUGUCUGUACACAACUCUUCUCUGCGUUCGGAGUGCCAUGGUAGGUACCCGGGCUCCAGGUGUGUUGUUGCUAUGGCUACUCCAGGUCGCGCAGUCCAGCGGGCAGGUAACCAGCUGCCACGAGGUGCGCUCGUCCUUUCAGCUUCUGCACCCAGGGGUGAAGUGGGCACCCGAGAAGCCCGUCUCAGGGUCGGACCUGCAGGUGUGCCUUCCCAGAGGACCCACGUGCUGCUCCCGCAAGAUGGAGGAGCGCUACCAGGCAGCGGCCAAGCAGAGCAUGGAGCUCAGCAUGCAGGCCUCCAGCAGCGAGCUCAAGUUCCUCAUCAUCCAGAACGCAGCGGUCUUCCAGGAGGCAUUUGACGUGGUGGUCUGGCACGCCCUCAACUACACGGCGCUGCUGUUCCGGGGGCCGUGGGCGGGGCUGGAGGGCGAGGCGUGGGGCCCGGUGACGCAGCUCUUCAAGGACGUGUCCCUCUACAUCCUGGGCUUGGACACCAGCGUGGACGACAUGGUCAACUCCUUCUUCGACAGCCUCUUCCCCGCGGUGUACCGGCACCUGCUCAGCGGGGCCACGAGGGGCUCCCGGGACCAGCCCUCGGAGGAGUGCCUGAGGGCGGCGCGGAGGGACACAGGGGCCUUCGGACCCCUGCCCAAGCUCAUCAUGACACGCAUCUCCCGCUCCCUGCUGGCGGCCCGCGUCUUCCUGCAGGCGCUGAACCUGGGCAUCGAGGUGGUCAACACGACGGACCACCUGCGCUUCGGCAAGGACUGCGGCCGCACCCUGCUGCGGCUCUGGUACUGCCCGCACUGCCGGGGUCUGCUGGAGGCCAGGCCCUGCCUGGGGUUCUGCCAGGCUGUGAUGCAGGGCUGCCUGGUGCAGGUGUCUGAGGUGCAGCCCUACUGGCAGGGCUACAUUGAGGGGCUGGCGGGGCUGGCGGGAGGCAUGCGUGGGGGGUACGACCUGGAGAACGUGCUGCUCAAACUCCACACCCUCGUCAGGGAUGCCGUGCUGCACGCACACAGGAACCGGCUGCGCCUGGCCACCCUGGUCAGCAGUAUGUGUGGUCACUCCCCACAGCGGCUAGCUCAUUCUGUCCACUCCCCAGAGGAUGGACCUGCUUACCAGCGAGGGCUCAAGAGCCCCCCCGUCGACCCUCACGAAACACUGGCUGGACGCAGAAGGGAGUUCAUCGACACCCUGCAAGGGUUCACUCAUUUCUACAGCAGCCUGCCCGAGGCUCUGUGCAGCCGCGAGUCUGCCGUGCUCAACGACUCCCUCUGCUGGAACGGUCAGGACAUCGCGGAGAGAUACCCUCCUCCGACGAUGAAGAAAGUGCAGACGCACAGCCCAGACACCAAGCCCAAGGCACUGGAGCCAGUUAUCAACCAGAUCAUCGACAAACUGAAGCACAUUAAUCAGUUGCUGCGGAUGGUGUCUGCCCCGAGGCGCAGGGUGAAGGCUCGCCCAGCAGGGGGCGAGCUGGAGCAGGAGGAGGCACUGGAGAGCGGGGACUGUGACGAUGAGGACGAGUGCAGUGGCUCCGGCCAGGGGGGGGCGCCACCGCACCGCAGGAGACUGCGCAUAUUCGCAGAGUUUGCAGACAACCUGGAAAUGGAUGACAUCAUUUUCCACAAGCAGCUCCUGCCCCCCCACCAGGGUAAAGAAGGUCGGGGGUCGCGACCUCUGCCAGGGUGCAGUGCCAGGCCUGUCUCCUCCCACCUCGCUGUCCUCGCUGUCUCACUGACUCUCCUCGGAACCCACUGACCGACCCUGCGAGCUCGGACUCUUGAACACUCGGGCCCAUCGUGGGGCCACACCACCCAGUACCUCCCAGAACCACCCAGUACCAUCCAGUUCAACCCAUUACCUCCCAGUACCUCCCAGUAUAUCCCAGUACCUCCCAGUACCACCCAGCUUGUAAAUAGGUGUGCUGUCAGCGACUGUGUUGUUAUUGUGCUCAGUGUUACUUCUGGCAAAACUUGAAUGCUGCAGGGCUGGUGGCAGGAUUCCUUUUUACUCCUUCUAGGUUUGAUCCAGCUGUGUUACUGUUAGCACUCUCUGCAGAGGGUGUUCAUGUCAGGACCGCAAGCAGAGCAUCUUAACCCCUGUGUAAAAGAGCCAGACUCCACUGCAGGAGUGGCAAGAGUGGUUAUAGAUCUUACAACAUCAUGCCAGGUACGGAAUCCAAAACCCUUUUCUGGAACACAAAACUCACACAAACAUAGUUCGCAUUCCAGCUUCGUAUAUAGACAUUAUAAAUGCAGAUGCCUAACUAACUUGUAAAAAUACCCCAGAAAACUAAAAAUAAAAGAUACAUUUGUAGCAAGUCCCAGGGAAACAGCAAAGAUUCUGCCCUUCCAGCCCUCAAGUUUUGCCAUGUCUUUCUUUCAGGGAAAUUCUUUAAUGUAUUGUACAGUGUUGAGAUGCAUACCUUGCUCACACCACCUCUCUUUGGAUGUGGGCUACUGAGAAUAUAUCACUCCCUCUUGCACAUGCAGGCCAGGAGGGUGCGGUAUCACAGCUUCGAACCAGUAGCAGUGAGUUAUCACAGCAGCUAUUCCACUAACCCCCUCUCCUGAAUCAUCAGGGCUUUAAGCAAUACCUGGACUGGGGAUGGGGGACUGCUAAUAUAUUUAUAUCCUAAAAUACUGCAACUGCUUCCUGGAGUUCUGGUUUUGGAUUCAGAUCUGGGGUCAUAGGGAUAUUGGGGAGCCAUGUGGCCCAUAUUAAUCUCAGUCUCAUGUCUGAUGACCCCCAUACCAGAUCCCCGCAGCAGUGUGCUCUACCCAGCGGCAGCACUGCCCAGCUCUGCACCACAGCAGGGGGAGCACUGCAGCUGCAGCCCCGGUUAGGUCAGAGUCAUUAUUCUUCUGUCUGUCUCUCUCACUGAAAAUCAGAACCAUCCUUUUAAAAUGAUGUGUUUUUGAAGAACUGAGUAAAUGACAAAAUACAAUUUCCAUUAAAACAAUAAUAAUGAUAAUUAAAAACAGGGCUUGCUAUUGCUGACUGAGUCUUGUACUGCAUGCGAGCGCCGGGGUUUAGUCUGUGCAUCACUUUGGUUUGCAGUGAGCAGGAGAGUUCAUCUGUGGCUGGAUGGCUGGGUGUCUGA